UCCCACAAACUCGCUAGCGGCGCUCACAAAGAAAUCCAACAUUUCCGUUCGGGUGAACAUCACGAACGUGUCUUCUCUCAUCCUCUCCACACCCCAUAUCCAGACACCCGAGAGAGUCAACAUGUCGGCCAAGCCCACGACCAAGCAGUUCGGCAAGUCGACCCGGGAGGUGCCCGCCUCCGCGGACAAGGCCAAGAAGUGGUACCCUGCCGACGACGACAGCGAGCCGAAGAAGGUCCGCAAGGCCGUCCGCUCUUGGGCCCCCCGAAAGACCCUCCAGCCCGGCACCGUCCUGAUCCUCCUGGCCGGCCGCUUCCGCGGCAAGCGCGUCGUCCUCCUCAAGACUCUCGACCAGGGUGUCCUCCUCGUCACCGGCCCCUUCAAGAUCAACGGCGUCCCCCUGCGAAGAGUCAACUCCCGAUACGUCAUCGCCACCUCCUACAAGGUCGACAUCUCCGGCCUUGACGCCGCCAAGAUCGAGGAGAUCUCCCAGCCCAAGUACUUCACCGCCGAGAAGGCCAAGGAGAAGGCCUCUGCUGAGGCUUUCUUCAAGCAGGGAGAGAAGCCCCAGAAGAAGGAGAUCAACAGCAGCCGUGCUGCCGACCAGAAGGCCGUCGACAAGGCUCUGAUUGCCAGCAUCAAGAAGGUGGAUCUGUUGGCCAGCUACCUCGCCAGCACCUUCAGCCUGCGGAAGGGUGACAAGCCCCACGAGAUGGCGUGGUAAAUCUUUUUUUCUUCGUCAAAAAAAGGGAAACACACAAAAUCUCGGGUAGGCUUGGAAGAGUGAAAGCGGAUGGGGGGUGGAUGGGAGUUCAACUAUGGUGCUGGUCAAGAUGCGGGUUGUAGAACGGAAAGGGUCUCCGAAAUGGGCUGGUUUGGCCAAUUGCAUUUGGAAG